AUGGCGCACAAGCAGGCAGUGAAUGGACAUGCCACCCCCACAGCUCACCCAGAAGACAUCCCAGGAGGAAGUCACUUCCAUCAGGUCAUGCAGCCUGGCAAGCAGGGACAGACGGGUGUGGAGCCACACAGUGUCAGAGAGCCCCAGCUGGGGAGUGGGACCAUUGCUGGGGUGUAUGUGGAGGCUUCCAAGAAGACAAUGAGUUUUUAUGAUGCCACCAGAGAGCACUUCCUGAUGUCUGAGCCAGCACUUGCUCUUCUGGAGGCUCAGGCAGCCACAGGCUUCCUCAUUGACCCGGUGGGGAACAAGCGGCUCUCCGUGGCAGAGGCUGUGAGACUCGGACUGGUAGGCCUGGAGCUGAAAGAAAAGCUGCUGUCUGCAGAGAGAGCAGCAGCUGGCUUCACAGACCCCUACACGGAUGAGAAGAUCUCGCUCUAUCAAGCCAUCCAAAAAGAGCUGCUCGGGCGGGAGCAGGGUGCCCGUCUGCUGGAGGUCCAGAUCGCCACAGGCGGCCUUGUGGAUCCAGCCACCAGCCACCGCAUCCCCAUGGAGGUUACCUACGAGCAGGAACACUUUGGUGACGAGAUGAGCCAGCUCCUCUCUGACCCCAGCUCUGCUGCUGCCAGAGGGUUUCUUGACCCAAACACCAGCGAGAGGGUCACCUAUCGGGAGCUUAAGAAACGGUGCAUCAUCGAUCCGACCACAGGGCUCCUCCUCCUGCCUCUGAAAAUCACCUUCCCGGGGCUGAGAGGGACAGUGAGCAGCAGUGAGCUGCUCAGCUCCAGCAUCAUCGACAUGGACACGUUCAGGGCCCUCCAGGAAGGCCAGGUCUCCGUCCAGGAGGUAGCAGAGAUGGACCAGGUUCAGCAGUACCUGGAGGGCACAGGAAGCAUUGCAGGUGUUGCUGUACUGCCUACCGGUGAGAGGAAGAGUCUGUACCAGGCGCUGACAGAGCACCUCCUCAUGCCAGGCACAGCACUGGCCCUCCUGCAGGCCCAGGCUGCCACCGCCUGCCUGACCGAGCCCACCAAGACCCAGAGACUCUCCGUUGAUGAUGCUGUCAAGGUUGGUGUGGUUGGGCCGGAGCUCUAUGAGAAGCUGUCAUCCGCUGAGAGAGCCGCCACUGGGUACCGAGACCCCUGCACUGGGGAGCUGCUUUCUCUGUUUCAAGCCAUGAGUAAGGGGCUCGUUGCCAGGGACCAGGGGACUUACCUACUGGAGGCCCAGCUGGCCACUGGUGGCCUCAUCGAUCCAGUCCACAAUCACCGUGUCCCAGUGGAGAUGGCCUGCCAACGGGGCUACCUUGAUGAAGACAUGAAGCGGCUCCUCUUCCAUCCCACCCAUGACAUCAAAGGGUUCUUCGACCCCAACACAAAGGAGACCCUGAUGUACGCAGAGUUAUUGGAGAGAUGCGUCACUGACCCAGACACUGGUCUCCGCCUGCUGCCACUCUUCGGAGAUGAUGGGGAAGAGUCUCGGGGUGUGCAGUCCUUCAUUGACCACAGGACCCGAAUGGCUUUGGAAAACACAACAGUACCUGUGGCCUGUGGCAAAUUCAAGGGGAAGUCGGUGUCGCUCUGGAAACUCCUCUUCUCCGACUACUUCACAAGUGCGCAAAGGGCCACACUUACCCAGCAGUGCCGCACCGCGACUCUCUCCAUGCAGGAACUGGCUAAGACCGUCAGCACUGCUGUUCAGCAAAUGGCUUCCACUGCCAAUAUCACCUUUGAAGGCCUGAGGCACAAGGUGACCCCUAGCCAGCUCCUGAGUGCUGAAAUCAUCAACAGGGAUUUGUUUGAGAAGCUGACCCAAGGGGAGACAUCAGCCAGAGAAGUUGUUGGCAUGGACACAGUCAGGAAGUACCUGGAAGGGACAGGCAGUAUCAGUGGGCUGCUGCUGCCCGAUUCCCAGGAGAAAAUCAGCAUCUACCAGGCAAAGAGGAAAGGCCUUCUAAUGCCAGGGACGUCUCUCAUCCUCCUCGAGGCACAGGCUGCCACUGGAUUCAUCAUCGACCCAGCUGCUAACAAGAAAUAUUCUGUGGAGGAGGCUCUACGAGCCAACAUCAUCGGCCCAGAUAUUUACAACAAGCUGCUGGCAGCAGAGAAAGCAGUCACUGGCUACAAAGACCCCUACACGGGCAACAAGAUCUCCCUCUUCCAGGCCAUGAAGAGAGACCUGAUAGUCAAAGACCACGGCAUCCGCCUGCUGGAGGCCCAGAUCGCCACCGGCGGCAUCAUCGACCCCGUUCACAGCCAUCGAAUCCCUGUGGAGGUGGCUUACAAGCGGGGCUACUUCGACAAGAAGAUGAACCUGAUCCUCUCUGACCCCAGCGAUGACACCAAGGGCUUCUUCGACCCCAACACGCACGAGAACCUCACGUACUUGCAGCUGAAGGAGAAGUGCAUCACAGAGCCCUCCACCGGACUCUGCCUCCUGCCUCUGAACAGCAAGAAGCGCCAGUUCAUCGAUGACGCCACCAAAGAAGCCUUCAGGAGCACCUGGCUCCUCGUGAAGUACGGGAGGUUCCGAGGAGAAAGGGUCUCUGUUUGGGACCUGUUGAACUCUGAAUAUUUCAGUGAGGGAAAGCGGCGGGAGAUAUUUAAUCACUACCAGCUGCGGAAGCUCACCCUGGAGCAGAUCAGACUCAUGUUGGAGGAAGAGAUGAAAAAAUGGGCCCACAUCAAAUUCCCAGCCAUGAGAGGCAGCGUCACGGCCUAUCACCUGCUAGAAACUGGCAUCAUAGACAAGGCCCUGUUUGAGAGGGUGCUGGAGGGAGCUGUGAGCCCGGAGAAUGUCCUGCGCAUGGACUCUGUCCGUAAAUACCUCUAUGGCUCUGGCAGCAUCGGGGGGAUUGUGCUCCAGCCAUCAAACCAGAGAAUGAGCAUCUAUGAAGCCAUGAAGCAGAAGAUUAUGAUGCCAGGGGUGGCUCUCCCACUGCUCGAGGCCCAGGCUGCUACUGGUUUCAUCAUUGACCCAGUGAACAACCAGAAGCUGUGUGUUGAUGAAGCUGUAAGGGAAGGGGUUAUCGGGCCAGAACUCCAUGAGAAACUGCAGCACGUGGAAGGAGCCGUAAUGGGCUAUAAAGACCCUUUCACCGGGGAAAAGAUCUCCCUCUUCCAAGCCAUGAAGAAGGGCCUCAUCACCGAAAAACAGGCUAUUCAGCUCAUGGAAGCCCAAAUUGCCACAGGAGGCAUCAUUGACCCCCACCGCGGCCACUAUGUCCCUCUGGAAUUUGCCCAGAAACAAGGCUUCUUGGAUGAGGACAUGAGCAAAACCCUCUCUAGUGCCUCUGACAAUACCAGGGUCUACUGCAUCCCCAACACCAAGGAGCCUGUGACCUAUGCUCAGCUCAUCGCGCGCUGCCAGAAGGACAAAAACUCUGGCCUCCACUUGCUGCCUUUGCCACAGAGAGCGGUGCCUGUCCACACGGAUGAGCAGAUCCAGCAGCUGUUCAAGGAGACCAUGGUGAAGGAGAAAGGGGUCUCCCUCUGGGAGCUGAUCCACUCUGGCUACUUCACUGAGGAGCAGAGAAAUGACUUUGUGGAGAAGUACCGGUCUGAUGACGUGUCUGUCUGGCAGCUGGUCACUCUUGUCCUGAAGCUUGUUGAGGAAAUAGAGAUGAAAGCCCAUACCCACAUCACCUUCGAAGGCCUCAGGGGCAGCGUGCCUGCAGUCUGGCUGCUCGAUACUGGCAUCAUUACUGAGAAGACGUUCGAGGAUCUGGCUCAGGGAACACGAACAGCCAGAGAAGUAGGCGAGAUGGAGAGUGUAAAGAGAUACUUACAGGGCACAGGGAGCAUUGCUGGGAUUUUCAUACAGGCCUCCAAGAAGAGGAUGAGCAUUUACCAAGCAAUGAAAAACAAUCUCCUCCUGCCAGGGACAGGGGUGUUGUUGCUAGAGGCUCAAGCAGCUACAGGAGCUGUUAUAGACCCAGUAACAAACCAGAAACUUGGUGUGGAGGAGGCAGUCAAAGCAGGCAUUGUCGGUGAGGAACUCAUGGAGAAGCUGCUUCUAGCAGAGAGAGCAGUGACCGGUUACACAGACCCAUACACGGGGAACUCAAUCUCAGUCUGUCAAGCAAUCAGGAAAGGCCUCAUUCCCAUGAGUGAUGGUGUUCGCUUAAUAGAGGCCCAACUGGCUACAGGAGGGAUCAUCGAUCCCAUCCACCAUCAUCAUCUUCCUCUUCCUGCUGCCUACAUGCAUGGCUUUUAUGAUGAAGAAAUGAAUCAGGCCCUAUCCCAGCCCACUGCUAACUCCAAAGUCUUCUUUGAUCCAAACACAAAGGAAAACUUGACCUACCAGCAGCUGAAAGACAGGUGUGUCCCUGAUGCUGGGACAGGCCUCUGGCUACUACCUCUGUCUCAAACUGCAAGGUUCACAUUCAAGGGCCUGCGGAAGCAGGUGUCUGCCAGCGACCUCUUCCAGUCUCAGCUGAUAGACAAGAAAACCCUGGAUGAACUCAAGCAGGGACAGAAAACUGUCAAAGAAGUCACAGAGAUGGACUCCGUCCGGAGAUACCUGGAGGGGGGUAACUUCAUAGCUGGAGUGCUAGUACAGCCAGCCAAUGAGAAGAUGAGCAUCUACCAGGCUAUGAUGAGAGGAAUGCUGAGGCCGGGCACUGCGCUGGUGUUGCUGGAGGCGCAGGCUGCCACCGGGUUUGUUAUUGACCCAGUGAAGAACAAGAAGCUGUCAGUGGAGGAGGCACUCGCUGCUGGGCUCAUUGGACAACAGGUCUAUGAGAAGCUGCUGUCAGCAGAGAGAGCAGUGACCGGAUACACUGACCCCUGCACAAAAGGCCUAAUCUCCCUCUUCGAAGCCAUGAACCAGGGGCUGAUCCUCAAGAGCCACGGCAUCCGCCUGCUGGAGGCCCAAAUCGCCACCGGCGGCAUCAUCGACCCCGUGCACAGUCACCGCCUCCCUGUGGAGGUGGCUUACAAGCGAGGCUACUUCGACGAAGAGAUGAACCGGAUCCUCUCUGACCCCAGCGAUGACACCAAGGGCUUCUUCGACCCCAACACACACGAGAACCUCACUUACAUACAACUCCUGGAGAGAUGUGUGCAAGACCCUGAGACUGGGCUGUACAUGCUCCAAAUAGUAAAGCAUGGAGGGACGUACUUCUAUAUCGAUGAGUCAAUGAAACAAUUUUUACGCUCAAAACCCAUUAAAAUGCAAGUUGGCAAGUUCAAAGGCCAAACUGUGUCCCUCUGGGACCUGCUCUGCUCUCAGUACAUCUCAGAACAAAAAAGAAAAGAACUAGUGAAGCAAUAUAAAUGUGAAACCCUGACAGUAGAACAGCUCAUCACAGUUAUCACCACCAUCAUUGAGGAAAUGGAACUCAGAACCCAAGCCCUUAAGGUUAAAGGACUCAGAGGACAUGUAUCUGUGUCAGAGUUAUUCAACACAGAGAUCAUUGACAAGAUAACACUGGACAAUCUGCAAAAAGGAACUCUCACGGUCCAUAAACUGACACAAAUGGACUCUGUCAAGAGGUAUCUGGAAGGAACUGGCAGCAUUGCUGGAGUUCUGCUGUCAGCCAAGAAAGAGAAGAUGAGCAUCUACCAUGCCCUAGAGAGGGGUCUCCUAACACCAGAAUCAGCACUGGUACUGCUGGAGGCGCAGGCUGCCAGCGGCUUUAUCACUGACCCGCUGAAGAACGAGAAGCUGUCCGUCGAUGAAGCCGUCUCCGCCGGCCUGGUGGGCCGUGAGCUUCACGAGAAGCUGCUCUCUGCAAAGUGAGCAGUGACCGGAUUUACAAUCGACCCCUUACACGGGCAACAAAUCUCCCUCUUCCAUGCCUGACAGAGAGACCUGAUAGUCAGACCACGGGGCAUUGCCUUGCUGGAGGCCCAGGAUCGCCACGGUCGGCAUCAUCGACCUGUGCACAAUCACACCUCCCCGUGGAAGGUGGCUUACAAGCGGGGAAGACACAAUGGUAAAGCUAGAGGAAGGAACAACAGACUGCAAAAAGAUAUAGCAAAGAUGGGAUUCCGUAAAAGAGAUUACCUCGAAGGAACUAGCUGCAUCGCCGGAUCCUUGUGCCGUCAAGACGGACCCGUCCAAGGCAGAGAGAUGAGCAUCUACCAGGCCAUGGGGAAGGGGAUUCUGAGGCCGGGCACCGCGCUGGUCUUGGAGGCGCAGGCUGCCAGCGGCUUUAUCACUGACGCUGAGAACGAGAAGCUGUCCGUCGAUGAAGCCGUCUCCGCCGGCCUGGUGGGCCGUGAGCUUCACGAGAAGCUGCUCUCUGCAGAGAGAGCAGUGACCGGAUACACUGACCCCUACACGGGCGGCAGAUCUCCUCUUCCAGGCAUGAAGAGAGACCUGAUAGUCAAAGACCACGGCAUCCGCCUGCUGGGCCAGAUCGCCACCGGCGGCAUCAUCGACCGUGCACAGUCACCGCUCCCCGUGGAGGUGGCCUACAAGCGGGGCUACUUCGACGAAGAGAUGAACCGGAUCCUCUCUGACCCCAGCGACACCAAGGGCUUCUUCGACCCCAACACGCACGAGAACCUCACCUACAUGCAGCUCCUCACAGGAUGCGUCCCCGACCCAGACACGGGGCUCCUGAUGCUUCAGCUGAUGCACAAAGGCUCCGUGCUUUCCAGCUAG